GUUUGGCGGCGGGAGUUCGAGGGACCUGGAGCAACUACACACCCCAAGCUUUCCUAAUGGUUUCAGUUACAAGAUCCGUGUUUGGAGACCUCCCCUCGGGGGCAGGGACGGUGGAAAAGUUCCAGCUGCAAUCAGACCAGCUGAGAGUGGACAUCAUCUCCUGGGGCUGCACCAUCACGGCCCUGGAGGUCAAAGACAGGCAGGGCAGAGCCUCAGACGUGGUGCUUGGCUUUGCUGAAUUGAAAGAGUACCUCCAAAAACAUCCCUACUUUGGAGCAGUGGUUGGCAGAGUGGCAAACCGAAUUGCCAAAGGAACAUUCACAUUGGAUGGGAAGGAGUAUAAGCUGGCCAUCAACAACGGGCCCAACAGCCUGCAUGGAGGAGUCAGAGGAUUUGAUAAGGUCCUCUGGACCCCUCGGGUGCUGUCAAAUGGCAUCGAGUUCUCGAGGGUCAGUCCAGAUGGUGAGGAAGGCUACCCUGGAGAGUUAAAAGUCUGGGUGACAUACACGCUGGAUGGUGGGGAGCUCGUGGUCAACUAUCGAGCACAGGCCAGUCAGACCACCCCAGUCAAUCUGACCAACCACUCUUAUUUCAACCUGGCGGGCCAGGGUUCCCCAAAUAUAUAUGACCAUGAAGUCACUAUAGAAGCUGAUGCUUUUUUGCCUGUGGAUGAAACCCUAAUCCCUACAGGAGAAAUUGCUCCAGUGCAAGGAACUGCAUUUGAUCUGAGGAAGCCAGUGGAGCUUGGAAAACACCUGCAGGAGUUCCACAUCAAUGGCUUUGACCACAAUUUCUGUCUGAAGAGAUCUAAAGAAAAGCAAUUUUGUGCACGGGUCCAUCAUGCUGGAAGCGGGAGGGUCCUGGAAGUGUACACUACCCAGCCUGGGAUCCAGUUUUACACGGGCAACUUCCUGGAUGGCACGCUGAAGGGCAAAACUGGAGCAGUCUAUCCCAAGCACUCUGGUUUCUGCCUUGAGACCCAGAACUGGCCUAAUGCAGUCAAUCAGCCCCACUUCCCUCCUGUGCUGCUGAAGCCUGGUGAGGAGUACAACCACACCACUUGGUUUGUGUUUUCUGUGGCUUAAGGAAGUGUUAAGUUAUGACCUGUUUCAGGGGCAGGCUGGGAGCCCCUUCAGGAACCUGUCUCCUGUGCAGAGAUAAGAUGAAGAUUUAGAAGCUUUAAAAGUGAUCCUGUGAAUUAAAAUCACACAUAUGGUAGUUGUCACGAUAAUCUGAAUUUCAAUUUCUUUCCCAAUGACUGACUCCAGGCCAGGUCUAAUGGUCAGCUCUAUUCUCUGUGUGGUGAAGACCCAACCAGCAAUAUCAUCAUCUAAGCCCUGACCCUAAUCCAGAAGUGGUAUCCAGAUCCUUGUGUUGGCUCUGUCUCUCCACUCUGCUUCUUUUCACCCCUUUUUUCUUUGAUUCUACUCAUUCCUUCUUUUCCCUCCUCUUCUACCUCAUACCACCUUGAUCUGUGCAGCACUUUGGAGUUUUCAGAGGUUACUUAGCUCAUUCAGCCUGCUGAUAAGAGGAACCUCUCUGCCUCAAUAAAAGAAUGAUGGAGAAGUGAGCCACCUGAGGCUUAGAGGUAAAUGACCCACCUAAGGUCGCACAGCCAAGAAAAAUUUAGCCUGGAUUCAAGAUCAGUCAUGCAAAUUCAAGUCCUUCUUUGCUUCCACUUCAGUCUUCCAGAGCAUUCCCGGGGUCACUAAUGGGAAAAGAGGGGGUCUGACCCUUACUCUGUUAGAGCUAGCCUUUCUUUCCAGCUAUCACUUUUAUAAGAAGCCCUAGUCAGAGUUUAAAUGUAACUAUCUUUGAGCCUUAUAGUAUGACUUAAAAUACAAGAUCUAAAUAUCCAGAAAAAAAAAUCUGUAAAUUUGAUUCUCUGCCUUUGGAGUUCACUAAGAAAACCCAGCCCAGCCAAGACAUGCGAAGGAAGCCGCUGGAGACAAGAACUGUGUUAGUGUGUGGAGAGGGCAUUGCUGGGGAUUGCACAUUGCACGGAGACCAGAUGUUGUAUUAGGGAGUACGAGGCUGGAGUUCCCUCUUUUCCUAAACAAUUGAAUCAUUGGUGAUGGGUUUGUGUUGAUGGUUUUUAAAGAAAUGUAUCUUAUACUACUAUAUGCUAAUAAUCAACUGAAAUAAAACCAAAAUCUGCACCCAAAA